AUGUUGUUUCUGGCCCCCACCAUUCAAGCCAGCGACGUUUCUCUUCCUGUCGAAGUUCGUGCUGAGGAUUUCCUGGCCAACGAAGCUAGCCACCUUGAGGCCCGAGGAAAGAAGAAGAAGAAUAAGAAGGCAAAGGCAGCUGGUGCUCAAGCGCAGGGGGCCGCUGCGAAUGCUGCUGCUACGAAGAAGAAAAACAAUGGAGCUGCCAAUGCAAAGAAGAACAAGAACAAUAACGCGGCCGCCGAAAAGAACAACAAUGAUGCUGCGAAAAAGAACAACAAUAACAAUAACGCCGCGAAAAAGAACAAUAACGAUGCGAAGAAGAACAACAACAAUAACAACAAUAACAACAACGCCGAUAACAACAAUGCUAAUGCUGGAAAGGGCAAGGGCAAGUCUCAGGCAGAGUUCUCGGGUCUGGCAUGCACAGAUGGCAAAGGUGCUGGCUCUUGCAAUGCCAACGGCCAGUGUGCUGUCAAUGGCAAGACCACUGCUAUCGCUGGCCAGUGUGGUGUUGCGGCGAAGAAGGCUAACAAGCGAUUCGUCUCCGAUAUUGCUCAUCUGAUCUAG